AUGUGCUCUCCCUGCCCGCAGACCCCUCAAAACCCACCCGCGCCCGCACCCAGGCACCGAGCACCCAGCAGAAAGAAACGCACCAAAUCUUUAUCCCCUGCCCUCAGCAGUGCCGACCUGAGCGCCGGAGAUCUGCGGCGAGCGAGAUGAAAGUGGAGGAGCAGACGGUGGUGGGAGGAGGAGGAGGGGGGCUCUGGGGGCUGGCCGGGCGGCCGUGCGACACGUGCGCCGUGGACGCGGCGCGGCUCUACUGCCGGUCGGACGGCGCCUACCUCUGCGCCGGGUGCGACGCGCGCGCUCACGGGGCCGGCUCCCGCCACGCGCGCGUCUGGCUCUGCGAGGUCUGCGAGCACGCGCCCGCCGCGGUCACCUGCCGCGCCGACGCCGCCGCGCUCUGCGCCACGUGCGACGCCGACAUCCACUCCGCCAACCCGCUCGCCAGCCGGCACGAGCGCCUCCCCGUCACGCCUUUCUUCGGCGCGCUCGCCGACCCGCCCCAGCCCGCCCCCUCCCCGUCCUCCGCCGCCGCGACGCAGGAGGACGCGGACGACGACGGGAGCAACGAGGCCGAGGCGGCCUCCUGGCUUCUUCCCGAGCCUGGCGAUAGCCCCGAGGACAGCACCGCUACCUUCUUCCCUGACUCGGACGCGUACCUCGAUCUGGACUUCGUCCGGUCUAUGGACGGGAUCAAGGCCAUCGGGGUGCCCGUCGCCCCUUCCGAGCUCGACGUCGCCGGCGGCGCUCUCUUCUACCCCGAACACUCCAUGAACCACAGCAUGUCAACGUCCGAGGUCGCGGUGGUGCCGGACGCGCUGUCAGCCGGCGGGGCCCCGGCGCCGGCGCCGUCGGUGGCGGUGGUGGCUAGCAAGGGGAAGGAGCGGGAGGCCCGGCUGAUGCGGUACCGGGAGAAGCGCAAGAACCGGAGGUUCCAGAAGACCAUCCGCUACGCGUCCCGCAAGGCGUACGCCGAGACGCGGCCGCGCAUCAAGGGCCGGUUCGCCAAGCGCACCGCCGAGGACGACGCGCUGGAGCGGGACGGGCCGUUCUCGCCCGCGUCGUCGGCGCACCUGGCGUCGGACGGUGACUACGGCGUCGUGCCGUCGUUCUGAGGAGACCGGCGACGGCGACGGCGACUCUGCUGUAGUUUUGGCGCGCGCAUCCAUCCGAGUGCGCGCGCGUGCGGUGGCUGCGACGCGCGCUCCGUGUAACAUUGAAUAAUCUGUACAGUUUUGUUCCAUGGGAUUAGUGCCGUGACCGUGCCGACCUGAUGUACUCACUGUUUUUCUUCACCCCGAUCCAGUAUUUGUACCCUGCCUUUCUUCCAUGGGAGUAGUAUUCAGCAACUGUGACCUUCA